AGAUGAAAACCCCUAGCCCAUAACAAUGAAAUAGAAAUAUUUUUUAAAGAUUUUUUUCAGUUUUAAUUUUUUUAUUGAUUAGUAUUAGCCAAACCACCUAUAAAUCCAUUUCACUUAGCACUGUAGCCAAUUAGGUAUAUACUUUGGGGGCUAUUAGAUGUAGGUAGGGCUGGACGAUGUAUUGAGUUUUUUAGAUAUAUUGAUAUAUUUUUAUACGAGAUUUAGGAUGAGACAGUAUCGUUUAUAUCGAUACAGAUUAUGUUGCUUUAAAAUUAUACUUGUAGAGCCGCCAGUUUGCCACUUUCUCUUCUCCCAGUCUGUCUCUUGCACAACUGCACCCUGCCCCACCCCUCCCCCUCACUCACUAGUCCAGCAUGCAGCGACAGCAUGGAGACAGACACAGACACGAGGCAAACUAGCGAAAAGGAGCUGGUUGGUAAAAUAAUACAUGCCGGUAGUUUAUUUUUGAGCCAUUUGUUGAUGUCCAUCUACGGCUGUCUGUUAAUAAAAGUGCCUACGUGACAUUGGGGACAUUUGGCUUUGACUUGGAAUUAACUGUCUAUUUGUUAUUAUAUUACGGGGAAAAAUAUCAAGUUGUCGAAAAUAUCGAGAUGUGAUUUUUUGGUCCAUAUCGCCCCACCCUAGAUGUAGACAGCCGCUGCUGGAAUAAUGGCGACCAAGGCUUUGCUCUACAUACUGAAAGUCAUAAAUUCUCUGCCAUUGCAUGCAUGUGUCAAAGAACCCUGACUUCGUCCAUCUGGGUGUAGACCACAACGGCCAUAUCCUUGGUUUGAGAAAGGCCGCAUCUACACCUUUAUCGGGGAGGUUGUGGUGUCCGUCAACCCUUACAGACAGCUGGACAUAUAUGGGAAGGAGGCCGUGGAGGCCUACAGGGGCCGGGAACUUUACGAGAACCCGCCUCACCUGUUCGCCAUGGCCGACGCCGCGUACAAAGCCAUGAAGAUGAGGGCCAAGGACACCUGCAUUGUCAUCUCAGGUGAGAGUGGUGCUGGAAAGACUGAGGCUAGCAAGUACAUCAUGCAGUACAUUGCUGCCAUCACUAACCCUAACCAGAGAGCAGAAGUGGAGAGCGUGAAGAAUGUGCUGCUCAAGUCUAACUGCGUGCUGGAGGCUUUUGGCAAUGCCAAGACAAACCGAAACGACAACUCCAGCCGUUUUGGCAAAUAUAUGGAUAUUAACUUCAACUUCAACGGGGAUCCCACCGGAGGUCACAUCAACAACUACCUGCUGGAGAAGUCGAGGGUUGUGCAACAGCAGGAAGGAGAGAGAAACUUCCACUCAUUCUAUCAGCUGCUGAGAGGAGGCUCUCAGGAACUGAUCAAGUCCUUGUUCUUGGAAAAAAAUCCUGCACUUUACGUCUACACUAGUGAAGGUGCCGCUUCCAUAACCAGCAAUGAUGACCACUCCUCCCACAAGGCUGUGCUCAAUGCCCUGAAGGUGAUCGGCUUCACACCCAAUGAGAUUGACUCCAUCUACAAAAUCCUGGGGACUAUUCUGCACCUGGGGAACCUGGAAUUUACUAGCGAAGGGGAGAAUGUACAGGUGUCGGCGAAGGAAGCUGCUGAACAUAUCGCUGUUCUGACCAGCACCAAGGCUGCUGACGUCAGCAAGGCCCUGCUGUUCCGCACCGUGGCCACCGGGGGCGGGGAAGUCAUCAACAAGGGCCACAGUGUACAGGAGGCCAGUUACGGCAAAGAUGCCUUUGUUAAGGCCCUGUACGAGCGACUCUUUAGCUGGAUUGUCAGUCACAUCAAUACAGUGAUCGAGGUGAAGGACUACAACCCAAUGCUUCAUGGGAAAAACACCGUCAUCGGUGUGCUGGACAUCUAUGGCUUUGAGAUCUUUGACAAUAACAGCUUCGAGCAGUUCUGCAUCAACUACUGCAACGAAAAACUGCAGCAGCUCUUCAUCGAGCUGAUCAUGCAGCAAGAGCAGGAGGAGUACAACAGAGAAGGGAUCCCCUGGCAGCAAAUUGAAUACUGUAACAACCAAAUCAUCGUGGACCUAGUGGAGGAGCCACACAAGGGCAUUAUCUCCAUUCUGGAAGAGGCGUGUCUGGGUGUGGGCAAGGUGACCGACACCAUGUUCCUGGAGAGCAUGGACUCCAAGCUGAGCCAGCACCCCCACUACACCUCCCGUAAGCUCUGCCCCACGGAUAAAAGCAUGGAGUACCGCAGAGACUUCCGCAUCCGGCACUAUGCUGGGGAUGUCACGUACUCAGUGGAGGGCAUUUUAGACAAGAACAAAGAUCCACUUUUCCAAGAUUUCAAGAGGCUUAUGUAUAACAGUACGGACCCUGUGUUGAGGGACAUGUGGCCAGAGGGUCGGCUCAGCAUCACCGAGGUCACCAAACGUCCCCUCACUGCAGCCACGCUCUUCAAGAACUCCAUCAUUUCCUUGGUGGACAAUCUAGCCUGCAAGGUGCCGUAUUAUGUUCGUUGCAUCAAGCCUAACGAGAUGAAGUCGCCAAUGUUGUUUGACGACGCUCGGUGCCAACACCAGGUGGCAUACCUGGGCUUGCUGGAAAACGUCAGGGUUCGAAGGGCAGGGUUCGCCUACAGACAGCCCUACGAUCGCUUCCUGCAGAGGUACAAGAUGACCUGCGAGUAUACCUGGCCCAACCACCUCAUGGAGUCGGACAAGGAGGCGGUGGAGGCCAUCGUCAGGCAGCACGGCUUCAGCGAGUCCGUGGAGUAUGGCCACAGCAAGCUGUUUGUGCGCACGCCGCGCUCACUCUUCACGCUGGAGCAGGAACGCAACGCCCUCAUCCCCAUCUUGGUGCUCUUCCUGCAGAAGGUGUGGCGAGGCGCCCUGGCCCGCAUGCGCUGCCGCAAGCUGUGGGCCGUCUACGCCAUCAUGGGCUGCUACAAGCGCUACAAGGUGAAGGCCCACUUCUGGGAGGUGAGCCGCAGGUUCAGCAACGUACGCAACAUGGCCGACUACGGCUGGAGCGUGGAGUGGCCCGCCCCGCCCGCCGCACUGGCCCAGUUCCACAGCAUCACCCAGGGGCUCUACCGAAGGUGGUGGGCGAGGCAGAUCGUGAAGAACAUUCCCCCCUCGGACAUGCUGGAGGUGCGCGCCAAGGUGGCGGCCCUGGCGGCACUGAAGGGGGAACGACCCACUUGGGGCUGGGGGCGUGCCUGGGAGAGGGACUACCUCAGCCUGGCAAACGAUUCUCCCCAGAGCUGUACCAGCUUCGUAGAGAUGACCAAGGAGCUGAAGAAGAAGGACCAGUACAACACAGUGCUGUUUUCGGGAUUUGUGCGUAAGGUGAACAGGUUCAAUAAGAGCACUGACCGUGCCCUGCUCAUCACUGACAAGAACAUCUACAAGCUGGAUCCUCGCAAGCAGUUCCGGGUGAUGAAGAAGCUGCCUUUGGAAAGCGUGACGGGCUUAAGCGUUACGAGCGGAGCUGACCAGAUGGUGGUGCUGCACACGUCCACCCAGGAUGACGUCCUGGUUUACCUCCAGAGAGGGCAGCUCUGCCCCAAUCAAGACCGCGUGGGGGAACUGCUGGGCAACCUGAGUGACCACUUUACACGGGUGAUGUGCAAACCUCUGUCGGUCUCCGUGCGAAGCUCCGCCCUCCAGCUCAACAUGCGUGGAAAAUCCAAGAACGUCACCGUGGAGACAAAGCCGGGCCAAGCUAAUGCGGACUUCCGCAAGAACAGAAAUGGCUUCACCUUAUUGGUACCAGCCAGUUAAUGUCCCCAGCAUGGCCCUACAGCGCUGUGCCCAGGGACAGGUGGUACAGGACCCCUCCAUGACGAUGUACAAAUCUUCAUUACUCGUUUUCUUUGUUUUUUACUUUUUCAAAGAUGAUGUAUAUUUGUUUUUUUAGAUAUACAGUAUUUAAGAGUAUUUUAUACUAAUCUCAGGAACGGGGGGGGCGGUACCCCCGUGACAACACGAAUGGCUCUGCCGUGGCCUCCCUAAAUACGUAUGUUACUUGGAUCUGAAAUAAAUGUAUUAUUAUUAUUAUUACUAUAA